CUCCGCCGUGGAGGUCGGGCGCGGGCCGGGGUCGCCGGUUCGAGCCUUCUGCCCGCGCGGGGCCGGGAGCUAGGGACCGGGGCUCGCGCCGUCCGGGCCGCAGCCCCGCGACCUCCGCUCUGUUUCUACACCCGUGCGCGGAGACUUGUAACUAGUUAAUUAAUCCAACAAACGGACCCUUCUGCGUAUCAGAAACUGCAAGGAGUUGCUAGCCCAGUGGGGCAGGCGGACUGGAAGACCAGGAAAGGCCAGGCCCCGGGCAGUGUGACACUGCCCUCUGUGACCAUGAAACUCUGGGUAUCCAUGUUGCUGGUGGCCUGGUUUGGUGUCCUGGGCUGUGUGCAGGCUGAAUUCUUUACUUCUAUUGGACACAUGACAGACCUGAUUUAUGCAGAGAAGGACCUGGUGCUAUCCCUGAAGGAGUACAUCUUGGUGGAGGAAGCCAAGCUCUCUAAGAUUAAGAGCUGGGCCAACAAAAUGGAAGCCCUGACCAGCAAGUCAGCUGCUGACCCUGAAGGCUACCUGUCCCACCCUGUGAAUGCCUAUAAACUGGUGAAGCGACUAAACACAGACUGGCCUGCGCUGGAGGACCUUGUCCUGCAGAACUCAGCUGCAGGCUUUAUUGCCAACCUGUCAGUGCAGCGACAGUUCUUUCCCACUGAUGAAGAUGAAACAGGAGCUGCCAAGGCCUUGAUGAGACUUCAGGACACAUACAGACUGGACCCAGACACAAUUUCCAAAGGGGAGCUUCCAGGAACCAAGUACCAGGCAGUGCUGAGUGCGGACGACUGCUUUGGGAUGGGCCGCUCGGCCUACAAUGAAGGAGACUAUUACCACACAGUGCUGUGGAUGGAACAGGUGCUGAAGCAGCUCGAUGCAGGGGAGGAGGCCACCACAUCCAAGGCCCAGGUGCUGGACUAUCUGAGCUAUGCCGUCUUCCAGUUGGGUGACCUGCACCGUGCCCUGGAGCUCACCCGCCGACUGCUCUCCCUUGACCCGAGCCAUGAACGAGCUGGAGGGAAUCUGCGCUACUUUGAACGGUUGUUGGAGGAAGAAAGAGAAAAUAUGUUAUUGAAUCACACAGAAGCUGAGCUAGCACCCCAGGAGGGCAUAUAUGAGAGGCCUGUGGACUACCUGCCUGAGAGGGAUAUCUACGAGAGCCUCUGUCGUGGGGAGGGUGUCAAACUGACACCCCGAAGGCAGAAGAGGCUUUUCUGUAGGUACCACCAUGGCAACGGGACGCCACAGCUGCUCAUCGCCCCUUUCAAAGAGGAGGAUGAGUGGGAUAGUCCACACAUCGUCAGGUACUACGAUGUCAUGUCUGACGAGGAAAUCGAGAGGAUCAAGGAAAUUGCAAAACCUAAACUUGCACGAGCCACUGUUCGUGAUCCCAAGACAGGUGUUCUGACUGUUGCCAGCUACAGAGUUUCCAAAAGCUCCUGGCUGGAGGAGGAUGAUGACCCUGUUGUGGCUCGGGUGAAUCUUCGGAUGCAGCACAUCACAGGCCUAACAGUAAAGACUGCAGAAUUGUUGCAGGUUGCUAAUUAUGGAAUGGGAGGACAGUACGAGCCACACUUUGACUUCUCUAGGAAGGAUGAGCAAGAUGCUUUCAAGCGUUUAGGGACGGGGAAUCGCGUGGCCACGUUCUUAAACUACAUGAGCGACGUGGAAGCUGGUGGUGCCACUGUCUUUCCUGAUCUGGGGGCUGCACUUUGGCCUAAGAAGGGCACGGCUGUAUUCUGGUACAACCUUCUGCGGAGCGGGGAAGGUGACUACAGAACGAGACAUGCUGCCUGCCCCGUGCUUGUGGGCUGCAAGUGGGAGCCGUGUGGAUGACAGGGUCUUCGUGCUCCGGCCAGGCAUCAGGCCUGUGCCUCUGAGGUGGGAGAGCUGAGUUCAGGACAUUGGUCCACCAGAGACCUCCCAGCUCCACGUAAUACCAAAUGGUGAAAAUCUCCCAGAAAUCUCCAUCUCAACGCCAAGACCCAGGUCCACUCAACGACCAGCAAGCUACAGUGCUGGACACCCUAUGCCAAACAACCAGCAAGACAGGAACACAACCCCACCCAUUAGCAGAGACGCUGCCUAAAAUCAUAAUAAGGACACAGACACCGCAAAACACACCACCAGACGCAGACCUGCCCACCAGAAAGACAAGAUCCACCCUCAUCCACCAGAACACAGGGACUAGUCCCCUCCACCAGGAAGCCUACACAACCCACUGAACCAACCUUAGCCACUGGGGGCAGACACCAAAAACAACGGGAACUACGAACCUGCAGCCUGCAAAAAGGAGAUCCUAAACACAGUAAGUUAAGCAAAAUGAGAAGACAGAGAAACACACAGCAGAUGAAGGAGCAAGGUAAAAACCCACCAGACCAAACAAAUGAAGAGGAAAUUGGCAGUCUACCUGAAAAAGAAUUCAGACUAAUGAUAGUAAAGAUGACCCAAAAUCUUGGAAGUAGAAUGGAGAAAAUACAAGAAACGUUUAACAAGGGCCUCGAAGAACUAAAGAGUAAACAAAUGAUGAACAACACAAUAAAUGAAAUUAAAAACUCUCUAGAAGGAAUCAAUAGCAGAAUAACUGAGGCAGAAGAAUGGAUAAGUAACUUGGAAGAUAAAAUAGUGGAAAUAACUACUGCAGAGCAGAAUAAAGAAAAAAGAAUGAAAAGAACUGAGGACAGU